UUUUUGUGUUUUUUCUCGGAAGAACAUUUCUUUUCUUGCUAAUUUAGAGGCUAGUCCUUUCAUUUUCUUUUUACCUCCUUGAUGUUCCUAUUCUGCCUAUUUAUGACGACAGUUAAUGACUUUAUUUUGAAAUGUUGGCCUGUCUGAAGUAACCAAUGGAUAACGCCAGAAGGCCUAGGCCCUGUGGUCCCGGUAACGAAGCGCCAUUCGCUGGGUAAAGCCAAUACUUUCGUUCUGUAAAGAAAAAUUUAUAGACGAUAUGGUCCAGCACUGGGAACGGGAAUUCGAAGAUUUAAACAAGUUCAAGACAAGGCAGGCCGACACUUGCAUCAUUCCGAUAGGAGAGAGGUCACCUAUUGAUGAUGAAAGGAUUGACCAGACAGAUAAUAUAAGAAUAAUCUUUAACAAUGGUAAAAGCAAGUCGUCAGAACACGCUCCCACCGUCUACCAUCCAAACAUGUCCAUCCUUGAACAGAAAAAUGUGAGAAACUUUGUGGAAGACAUGACAGGCUGUACUUCCAUUCCUGACCCUUAUCAAAAAACACUGGAGCUUCCAGGUUGUUUAUACGGAUCAUUGAUAGUGAACUACUUUACAAAGUUACUGUUGGGAACAAAAGAGGAUACAUUUGUUAAAAGUAGAGGCCUUGGUCUAAAAUUAGACGAAGUGGGUAUUUUGUUCGGAAGUUAUCAAUUUCCCUUUCAUCAGUGUAGAGAGAUGGAAGAGGCUCUGCAGAGCGUUGUGUAUAUUUACACAAACAAUAAUGUCUUAUGUUUGCUUCACAAAAUAGGUUGUGAUCUGUGGAAACUUACAUUGAUUGUCAUGAAAUGCAGCCAGCAUGCAGGGUUUGCUGCAUACGUCAAUGAAAUGUCCCGUGUACAGUGUAGGGGUCAGUUCCAAGCGAUCAUGGAAGAAGUUAAAAUGCACGUCACGCCGCUAUACCCUUUAAACCGUAUUCGUAAAUCACAGAGAAAAAAGAAGCAAAAAUCCGAAAUUAGUUUUGCUAAAUACGAAUCUAAGAUACACUUCAAGCAAGCUGAUAAGUUGGUAGACGUAGAACCGUUUGUUCCUGUUAUUUAUUACCUUAGUCAUUGCAUGAAACACUUGGAGAGGAAAAAGCUUUCUGAGGAUUCAAGAUUGGUAGGCAUUAAUUUUUCAUUAAAGUGCCUCUCAAGCUUUACAUCUGAUGAUUUAAAUGCUACUAGCCAGCUCAACAACAUGCUCAUUCAAGGAUCAGAUACAAGCAUUGGAAGCGACAGAGCCUCUAGGUCAUAUCCGAAGGAGCUUUGUCCGAUCGAGAAAAUUGUUUCUGACCCGUCAGAAUACGGGAAAAAAGAAGAUGAAUUGCGAAGCAUUUCGAAAGAUUCUUAUUAUUCUCAUAAAUCAAGUGAUGUCUCAAUGGAAGAGGAAAGUGCGGACGAUGCCAUAAGAGAAUUUCGAGGUAUAGAAUGUUUCAAGUUAGAAGAUAAUCUACCGAGAACCUGUUUAGAACCGACCCCUUCAGGUCAGGCUGUAGAUACUCCGACACAAAUCAGUCCUAAGCUGCCAAAACAUUCUACUUCUUUUGAGUUCCGCGACACAAAAAGCAUGCCUUCAGUGUCCAGAGGGCUAACGGAGACCUUUCACGGACCAGUGCGUGAAAGACCAUCACAACCUCCUCCAGAGGUCACGAGUCAUCCUCUGACCCGAGAGACCUCCCUGGAGAACAUGAGGCAGUUAACCUGGCGACUGGCAUCUAUGCUUCACCUGCGAGACCUUCCUGUUCUUCACCUGGAGAUGGCUGACGCCGGAUGGUUCUACGAUGAGGAUGUGGACGAGUUUCGCUGUUACUGCUGUCCUGCUGCGAGGUCCACGGUCCAGUGGAGGGAGGGCGAUAACCCUGCAUCCAUUCACCAAACACUGUCGCCUGACUGCCCCCACUUCCACCCCACCAUCCCUGACAACACCACGCAAAAUGAAGAUGCCAUAACUUCAGAGAACGAGGAUAGAGAAGAUGUUACCAUGGUGGUAAGUGAAGACGACGAGAAGGGCAAGGAGGAGACAUUCGAUGAAGUCACGUGCAUUGGUGAUACAGAGGCUCUGGCUUUGACAGAUGAGAGUGUGCGUUUAGAUGUUGGCAAGCUAACUCACGAUUGUAGUCACGUGAGACUGAGAGAAGACACAUCAACACUUGUUUCAGAGUUCCCUAAUAGCAAAUGGGAUUUGUUCUCAACUGACUUCGCUCCUCGUGACGUAGACAUGGGAGAAAAUGUUCACCAUGAACAUUUCGAAUUUCUCUGGAAUGACUCUUUUAGACACAAAGAAGAAGAAGCUAUUUCUGAAUCAGUGUUUGACGAUUGUGAUGUAGAUGGGGAUGGUGAGGUGUCUGGCACUGGCGAAGAGUUAGAAGCUCUUAUUUCACCUCGACGUUCAUUCCAGGAUAACGAGGAUUACGAUCUUUCAGCCAACAGGUUAAAUAAUGUAGAAGAUGUAACAGUCUUCCCAGUCCCUGUACAGGAUGAAUCAGAGAUGUCAAGUGUGUGUUACAUUGGUAGUUAUGAAAAUAAUGAAGAUUCAGGAAACAGCGGCCGGCUCCCUUUACACCAUUCUCGUGAAUUAUUUCAAGCUUCUCCGGACCUUGGAAGUGAUGAACCUCACACGGAUAUCAACCAACACAGUGACAGUGAGUACGGCCCCCAAGGUGAGACAAGUGUUCAUCAAGGGUCACUUGUAGGUGAGCAGCUGGGAGAUUCUGACCUCAUCACACCUGAAGACACUGACCUUAUGAGUGAUGCUGACAACACAUAAUCAUCCUCAGGUGGGCUUUCACCAUUUGCAUCUCUC